CGCCCCGCCCCGCCCCCGCGGCGCAGCGGAGGUGACGUGAGGCACGGUCAUGGCUGAGGCGGCGGGCGCGGCGCGGCCGAACGGUGAGGGGCGCGGCGCGGCCCGGCCGAACGAGUGCCCGGGAACCAGCAGCGCUCGGGCGGGCAGAGCCGUCGCCUGUCAAGGAUGCCCGAACCAGAAGCUCUGCGCUGCUGGCGCCGCCAUCACCGACCCGGCGGAGGUGGCGGGGCUGCGGGAGCGGCUGCGGUCGGUGAAGCACACGGUCCUGGUUCUCUCCGGGAAGGGCGGCGUGGGGAAGAGCACCUUCAGCGCCCUUCUGGCCCAUGGGCUGGCGGCGGACGAGGCCAAACAGGUUGCUUUGCUGGACAUAGACAUCUGUGGGCCAUCAAUCCCUAAAAUGAUGGGUCUAGAAGGAGAACAGGUUCAUCAGAGCGGAUCGGGGUGGUCUCCAGUGUAUGUUGAAGAAAACUUGGGUGUCAUGUCUGUGGGGUUCUUGCUUAGCAGUCCUGAUGAUGCCGUCAUCUGGAAAGGACCAAAAAAAAAUGGGCUGAUCAAACAGUUUCUUCGUGAUGUGGACUGGGGUGAAAUCGACUACCUGAUUGUAGAUACGCCUCCAGGAACAUCAGAUGAACACUUAUCUAUUGUGCAGUAUAUAGGUGCAGCACAUGUAGAUGGCGCUGUUAUAAUCACUACCCCUCAGGAAGUAUCGCUUCAGGAUGUUCGGAAGGAGAUCAACUUCUGCCAUAAAGUGAAACUACCAAUCAUAGGUGUCGUGGAAAACAUGAGUGGCUUUGUAUGUCCAAAGUGUAAGAAUGAGUCUCAGAUCUUUCCCCCGACUACUGGAGGUGCAGAGAAGAUGUGCCAGAACUUAAAUGUUUCCCUCUUGGGUAAAGUGCCUCUAGAUCCGCAAAUAGCAAAAAGUUGUGACAAUGGCCAGUCUUUCUUGUCUGAAGCACCAGAGUCUCCAGCUACAUCAUCUUACAGGAGUAUCAUUCAAAGUAAGCCUGAGAAUCACUCUGCAAACAAAUCUUCUCUGAGCACUUCUGCAAUACAUAAAGUUGCUCAACAGAUUGAUGUUAUUCUGCCGCAAACAGUAAAACCAGUUGAUGCGCACAGCAAUUAUGAAAGUAGCAGGUGCAAAUACUUCAUUCAUUUCUGGACAUCAGUUAUGACAAGCCUUUAAAGCAGUAAAUGGAAUUGUAUUUAAUAACUGGUUUCAAUGUUUGGCUUCAGUCAUUAAUUUUCAGAGAAGCGUGUGUGUAGCUGCUCUCACAGAAAAGUCCCAAGAUUAUCCAGCAGGCCUGUGGGUGGUGCUCACCACAGCUCAGUCUGAUACCACAGGCUAGUUCUUACCUCCGCUGCUCUUUGUAAUUGUACCAACAAAACAUGCAAAAACUACCUAAAGAACCCGUGACCUGAAGUUUAAAAAUAGAAACAGCUGGGAAAUUCCUAAAGCCAUUUUCACUGUGAUAAAGGCCCAACUUGUGGUAUUUGUGCCAACAGGGGACAGAGAGAUGCAACAAAAACAAACUCUUGAUGUGCACAUGAAAUAUUAUUUCCAUUACUUUUUCCCUGUCU